GCUGCCGGGAAAAGGCUGGAAAAAUAAUUACCUGCCUUGAUUGUUCUGUGAGCAGAUAAAAAGUACAUAUACAGUUCAUACAAUAAUCUUAUGUAUGUAAAACCCUGUUACGAUGUCGGCGACGGGGCCCAUCAGUAACUAUUACGUGGACUCUCUCAUCUCUCACGACAAUGAAGACCUCCUAGCGUCCAGGUUUCCGGCCACCGGGGCUCACCCUGCCGCCGCCAGACCCAGCGGCUUGGUGCCGGACUGUAGCGAUUUUCCGUCCUGUAGCUUCGCGCCCAAGCCGGCAGUGUUCAGCACGUCGUGGGCGCCCGUGCCCUCACAGUCGUCCGUGGUCUAUCACCCGUACGGCCCCCAGCCCCACCUCGGCGCCGACACGCGCUACAUGCGGACUUGGCUCGAGCCGCUGUCCGGCGCCGUCUCCUUCCCCAGCUUCCCGGCCGGGGGCCGUCACUACGCCCUCAAGCCCGACGCCUACCCCGGGCGCCGCGCCGACUGCGGCCCAGGCGACGGCCGCAGCUACCCGGACUACAUGUACGGUUCGCCCGGGGAGCUGCGCGACCGCGCCCCGCAGACGCUGCCCUCGCCCGAGGCGGACGCGCUGGCCGGCAGCAAGCACAAAGAGGAGAAGGCCGACCUGGACCCUAGCAACCCCGUGGCCAACUGGAUCCAUGCCCGGUCCACAAGGAAGAAGCGUUGCCCCUACACCAAGUACCAGACGCUGGAACUGGAGAAGGAAUUUCUCUUCAAUAUGUAUUUAACCAGGGACCGACGAUACGAGGUGGCCCGUGUUCUCAAUCUCACUGAGCGGCAGGUCAAAAUCUGGUUUCAGAAUCGGAGGAUGAAGAUGAAAAAGAUGAAUAAGGAGAAAAGCGACAAGGAGCAAUCCUAAGCCUGCCCCAGCCUGCUGCCAACACAGCCAAGGAAAACAUAAAACCCCACAGAAAUGUCCCAGCCUAGGCGGCAGAAAGCACGAGAAGGAAAGAGCAAGAUAGAGAAAAGCCCACCGUCUUAAAAAGAAAAAAGGAAACUCUGGCGAUGUGGGAGGGCUAAGUGCUGAGGAAUUGGUGUUUAGAGGUAGUUCUAUCCAGCGACCAGGAGGCAGGAGAAACUGCAUUCUCUUCCCCCCAGCGCAAGCGAAAUAAAUGACACACACACACAAAUGUGAUUUUUCCCUUCUUUCUUCAAAGAAGCCAGUAUUUGAAUCUCUGUGUGUGUGUGUCUUUCUGUGUCUCUGUCUCUCUCUAUGUCUGUCUCUCUGUCUGUCUCUGUCUCUCUCUCUCUCUCUCUUAUUUGGUCUGGGCCAUUUCUUCCUGGGCCGUGGGAGCUCUGUGGGCAGAUUUUAUACAAAAAGACACACACACAAUGAUGGUUUCCAGCCAGAGCUGAGGGGUGAGAGCCCGAUCGUAGGGCUGGGUCAGACUGCACAGGCAGGCUGGUUCCUCAGGCUUGUAUAGAACCGUGUUCUUCUCAUCCUAGUGCCCCCUCCAGCGCGUCCUGUAAUGUGCUUCUGUUUGUUACAGUAGAGCAACUCUGUUAAUAUAUCGAAGUCACUUAAAAAAAAAAAAAACAGAAAUUCAACUGCAUCUAGUUCUCGUCGUCUUUAUUUCUCUUCACCCGUGGCUCUGUGGACGAGGCAAGGGCUUAAUCCUCUAAGGGAAGCUGGAGCCAGAACCAGAGAAGGGGCUCCUUCUACCUCCGAAGGGCAAAGGCCUGCAGCUUCUCUCCAGGCAGGGCAGAAUGGGAGGGGGGCUCCUUGGAAGGGAA